AUGAAUGAUUACUUAGACAUCUGUACGUAUAACUGUCGAACGUUAUCUAUGGAGGCAAGCUUGAGAACCCUUCUUCACCAGUCGAGGAAAAUUAGGUACGACAUCAUAUGUCUACAGGAGACAAAGGCGAAGGAGGCGUUUACAAGAAAGAUGGAUGAGGGACAGCUGCUUGUGAUAGGGCAGAAGAAUCUCGUGAGAAACUCCGGAGGGGUCGGGUUCCUUGUGAACCGUUCCAUCGAAUCGAAUGUACAUUCACACGAAAUCCUCAGCCCUCGGAUCGCACUGCUGCGUUUGAAAACGAGACAGAAGGCGAUGAUCAGCAUCGUAAACUGCUAUGCCCCCACGAACUCAGCGGAUGAAGAAGAAAAGGAUGCUUUCUACCAUGAGCUGGAGGAGGUAGUCAAGAGAGAGAAGUCUUAUUACAAGUAUUUAUGCGGAGACUUCAAUGCUGCGCUUGGAAAUGGAAAUGAUGGCAACUGGAGGCUCGGCAAACACGGAGAAGGAAAUAGAAAUGAUAAUGGUACUCGUGUUCUGGAUCUUGCGUACUCUUGUAAUCUCUAUCACGGAAACUCUCUUUUUGACAAACCUCAAAACAGGAGAUGGACCUGGGAAAGUCCUAACGGAGAGCUUCACUUGGAACUGGAUCACGUUUUCACAAACAAGAAGGUGGAGCUUAGGAACUGGAUCACGUUUUCACAAACAGAAGGUGGAGCCUGGUUGCUAGAAGACGUCACAAAGGAUUAUGAGAUGCUUAAUAGCAACCUCCUUCGCUGUGCGGAAGCUGCUACGGAGAACCAAGUGGCGAGGACGGAAAGAUUGAAUGCGAAGGCCAAGGAUCUCCUCCGACGCAGAGGAGAACUCAGAAGAGAUCCUACAGUCACGCAUCUGGAGAAGUCGAUUGUCAAUAAGGCAUGUCGUUUAGCUGUCAAAGAAUCUCUAAAGGAAUACCGGAAACAAAAGCUGAUGACAGCAGCAAUGCAGAGGAAGAGCUUGAAAUGCUGCCGAAAAGAUUUGGUGGACUAUCGCACUGAAACGACAUGCCUCAAGGACAAUCAAGGACGGCCAACGACUUCGAGACAAGGCAUCGAGAGCAUUGUAAUGGACUUUUAUACAAAGCUGUACCGGUCAACGACAGUUGUUCCAAGGUCGCCGUGCCCUGCAAAUGACGAGAUUCCACCAAUUCUAAUCUCUGAAGUGAGGAACGUGAUCGAGUCAUUAAAAUUUCAAAAGGCACCUGGACCAGACGGUAUAUCAGCAGAGCUUUUGAAAGCAGGAGGAAUCACAAUGCAAAAGCUGAUCGAGAGAUGCAAAGAAUAUAAAAUGCCGUUGAUUCUCACUUUUGUUGACUAUACUAAGGCUUUUGACUCGGUCGAGAUAAAUGCCGUGCUGAACGCCUUACAACAUGCAGGAGUCGAUCCGACCUACGUCAAUGUCUUAGAGAAAUGUAAUAGUGGGACAUCGACGAUCAUUCAGAUGUUUGACAGGAAACUACGCAUCCCAAUCGAAAAAGGAGUCCGUCAAGGGGACACCAUUUCCCCUAAAUUGUUUACGACAGCUCUUAACCAUGUCAUGGUGGGAUUGAACUGGGACAACAAAGGCGUGGCGGUAGACGGAAAGAAAUUGUCAAACCUACGUUUCGCGGAUGACAUAGUCCUUAUAAGCAACAAUAGCAGAGAGAUGAAUUCACUUCUGAACGAACUCUGUGAAGCUGGAAAAGCUAUUGGACUAUCGAUGAACAUGAGAAAAACGCAGACGAUGAGGAAUCAGUGGUGCGACGAUGGUGAAGUAUACCUUGAAGGCGUAGCUGUAGAAAACGUCAAAUCAUAUAUCUAUCUCGGUCGCGAGAUUAACAUGCAAAAUGAUUUGCAAUAUGAAAUUGACCGCCGGAAAAGAGCAGCGUGGGCAGCCAUGGCAAGAAUUCGAGAAGUGACGAACGAGAUUCAAGACCCUCUAGUACGUGCCAAUCUUUUCGAUGCUUCCGUGCUCCCUGCUCUAUGCUACGCCACUGAAACAUGGGCAACGAACAAAGGUGUUGACAAAUCGCUAAGAACCGUUCAUCGGGCUUUGGAAAGAUCGCUGGUGAAAAAGACAAAGCUGAUGCAAUGGCAGCAAAGACUAAGCAGUAACGACAUCCGAAGAGAAUCAAGAAUUCGAGACCCAUCCUUCUAUGUAGCUGCCGCAAGACAUAAAUGGGCAGGACACGUGAUACGUCGCCAGGAUGACAGGAAGGACAUAUUGUACAGUUGGACGUAUUCUCCAUCUGGACGGUAUGCAGUCGACUUCGAUUAUAAGGUGGGGGUUAUACUUUGUAACAUAAGUCUUGCGAUUUGA